AACGGCCACGUCAUUUUACAUUACGGAGAAAAAUCCUUUUUUUCGCCGCAUUUUCGUAUUGAAUUCACCUUAAUUUUGUCACCGGCGAUACAAGCGCGUUCAGACACAUAAGUACGUAUCGAAUGAUAUUACUGAUAUAUUGCACAUGGCGUAAAUAGUUAAGAAAUUGGAAAGGAGGAGGCGGCAUCUGGUAACUCUAGAAGCGUACGUGUUGAAUACUGUGUUGAUAAAGAGUCGUUCCUUUUAUCGCACUUUUGUUAUAUAUUCACCCCACUAAGGACUAAUUAUGGCCAGUGGAGCGGAAGGAAAGAGGGCUCUCCUCACUGGCAUAACAGGACAGGAUGGGUCCUACCUGGCAGAGCUCCUCCUCGGCAAGGGAUACCAGGUUCAUGGGAUCAUCAGAAGGUCUUCCUCCUUCAACACAGGCCGUAUCCGUCACUCUGGGAUGAGACACCAAAGGGAAAAAACGGGCGGGGUGCAGCUCCAUUUUUGGUGCCUGCAGACUCAAAAUGCCCUUUUUAAAAUUAUAAACACUUCCAAAACCCGAUGAGAAAUUUUUAAUUUAGGUUUCUAGAGCCACGUUAAGGUGUCCUUUGAUCUGGCAGAAUACACAGGAAAUGUAGAUGCCAUGGGAACACUUCGUCUCCUAGAUGCCAUAAGAACAUGCGGCAUGGAAAAGAAGGUCAAAUUCUACCAGGCUUCCACAUCAGAACUUUACGGAAAGGUCCAGGAAAUUCCCCAGAAAGAGACUACUCCCUUUUAUCCGAGAUCUCCUUAUGGUGCUGCAAAACUUUAUGCUUACUGGAUAGUGGUGAACUACCGAGAGGCUUAUGGCAUGUUCGCCUGCAAUGGCAUCCUCUUCAACCACGAAUCUCCCAGAAGAGGUGAAACAUUCGUCACUCGUAAGAUCACCCGGUCAGUGGCCAAGAUACACUUAGGAUUCCUAGACAAGUUUGAACUCGGAAAUAUCGACUCGCAGAGAGAUUGGGGUCAUGCAAAAGACUAUGUUGAGGGAAUGUGGAAGAUGCUUCAAAAAGAAGAACCCGAGGACUUUGUUCUUGCCACAGGUGAAGUCCAUUCCGUCCGAGAGUUUGUUGAGGCUGCGUUCAAAGAGAUUGGACGGGAGAUCUAUUGGGAAGGCUCAGGUGUUGAUGAAGUUGGAAAGGAAAAAGGAUCAGACAUUGUGAGAGUGAAGAUCAACCCUAAGUAUUACCGACCUGCUGAAGUAGACUUCCUGCAAGGAGACGCAACGAAGGCCAGGGAGAAGCUCGGCUGGAAAACGUCAUAUGAUUUCCCGGCCCUUGUGAAGGACAUGGUAGAAGCAGACAUCGAGCUCAUGAGGAAGGACCCCGGUGCAUAGUGCGUUGUGCCUCGAUCCUGCGGUGCUCGUGUGCCACAGAGGGCGCUGGCGUUAACGUGGAAGGAAGGAAAGAAAGGAAAAAAAGAAGAAAGAAAAAAAAAAGGAAAAGAAGAAAGAAGAAAAAAAAAGAAAAGAAAUGAAAUUUGCUUUGUACUAAAGUCUUGUUCUCAUUCUCAUUGUGAUACUUACUAGUUGGGGGCGAUUCCACGCUUUAAUUCAUUUGUAUUUUCCCCUUUUUUAUAUAUUUGCUGUAGUUGUUACAGUUUCUCGUAUUUAAUUCUCUCUCUCUUAUUUUGUGAGACGCUUGUUGAUAGGAGGAAAAAGAAAAGAGAGAA